GGCAGUGUGUGAGCGUGAGUGGCGGAGCCUGCUGUGUGGAGUGUAUAGAAGAGGAGAAGGGAGCAGAGCAGAGGCAGUCACUACCAUGCAAGUGCAGGGAGGAGGACUGUUGCUGCGCUGCCUCUCUCUGUGUCUCUGGAGCCAGAGCCUGAGUAGUUCUCUGCUGUUACUCGAGCUGAUCGCUCUACACACACAAGCACAUGCUAACAUAUUGGAUAGUAUGCUGCUGAGAGCGUCCAGCAAGGCGGCGAUGGAGAGUGGGAAGGAGUCGAGUGGUAGUACGGCUCCUGCUCUGUCCUCCCAGAGACUGCUGUGGUGCCACUGCUACCACCACUGCCCCGAGGAUUCCACCAAUAAUACAUGCAGUACGGAUGGCUACUGUUUUACCAUGGUGGAGGAGGAGGAGGGUGGUGUUCCUGUCCUGACUGCAGGAUGCUUGGGCCUGGUGGGGUCAGAGUUUCAGUGCAGGGACACAUGGAAUUCUCGACAAAGGAGAUCCUUAGAGUGCUGCACAGACCAGGAUUACUGCAACAAGGACCUGAGACCUACCCUGCCACCAGUCAAAACACAGAAUUAUGUAGCUGGAAGCAUCCACCAUAUGGCCUUGUUGAUCUCAGUUACAGUGUGCAGCAUUGUACUGGCCCUAAUUAUAGUCUUCUGCUACCUCAGGUAUAAGAGGCAGGAGUCUCAUCCGCGCUACAGUAUAGGUCUGGAGCAGGAUGAGACCUACAUCCCUCCUGGAGAGUCUCUGAAGGACCUCAUAGAGCAGUCUCAGAGCUCUGGCUCAGGCUCAGGGCUCCCUCUACUGGUUCAAAGAACCAUAGCCAAGCAGAUUCAGAUGGUGAAGCAGAUUGGGAAGGGGCGGUACGGGGAGGUGUGGAUGGGAAGGUGGAGAGGAGAGAAAGUGGCCGUCAAAGUUUUUUUCACCACUGAGGAGGCCAGUUGGUUCAGAGAGACUGAGAUCUACCAGACUGUCCUGAUGAGGCAUGAGAACAUACUCGGUUUCAUAGCAGCAGAUAUCAAAGGAACCGGCUCUUGGACUCAGCUCUACCUAAUCACCGACUACCAUGAAAACGGCUCUUUGUAUGACUACCUCAAAUCCACCACCCUUGACAAUAAAGCCAUGCUGCGUUUGGCCUACUCCUCCGUAUCGGGCCUCUGCCACCUGCACACAGAGAUCUUUGGCACCCAAGGCAAACCCGCCAUUGCUCACAGGGACCUGAAGAGUAAAAACAUAUUGGUGAAACGAAAUGGCACAUGCUGUAUAGCGGAUCUGGGGCUGGCCGUCAAGUUCAUUAGUGAUACCAAUGAAGUGGACAUCCCUCCUAACACCAGAGUGGGCACCAAGCGUUACAUGCCUCCAGAGGUUCUGGAUGAGACACUGAACAGAAGCCAUUUCCAGUCUUACAUCAUGGCCGACAUGUACAGCUUUGGACUCAUCCUCUGGGAGAUUGCCCGGCGUUGCAUCUCAGGAGGUAUUCUGGAAGAGUACCAGUUGCCGUACCAUGACUUAGUUCCUACCGAUCCCUCUUAUGAAGACAUGAGGGAGGUUGUCUGCAUCAAGAGACUACGACCCUCCUUCCCUAAUAGAUGGACCAGCGACGAGUGUUUGAGGCAAAUGGGGAAGCUGAUGACGGAGUGCUGGGCUCAUAACCCCGCUUCCCGGCUCACAGCACUACGGGUCAAAAAGACACUCGCCAAGAUGUCAGAGUCACAGGACAUUAAACUGUGAGGGGGCCCACGAGGUGUGUGUUUAAACACAGAGAAAAGGGCCCAGUCUAUUUCACACGUACUGGCUCUGCUCUGGACAAAGAAGCCCCACAAUCCAGUGGAAAGAGGAAGUGGGACAGCAGGCAGGAAGUGAGACAAACUUGGAGUCCAGUUGCCUCGAAGCCUGCAGUCCAACACCCCCUUUACAAAGUGAAUUUGGAUACACAGAGGACUAACAUGUUAAAUUAAAUCUUAAGUGAAUAGAAAAAAAAUCCAGGGCAUUUAAGAAUCCGGUCCUUCAGAAAGGAAGGAGGUCUUUUCAUUUCAGACCACUUUGACCACAGACUGUAGAACCGGCAAUGUGUUCCAGCUGAAAAAGCUUCAAAAGCUUGGAAAAGAUGUGCAUUUUGACUCGGUACUGUAACUUCAGAGAUACAUAAAUACCCUGAUCUGAAAGCAGUGAAUGAAAUACUUUAUCCGUGCUUUCUGUGAAAGCUAGCUAUCUGUAGAUGAAGGUCUAAAUGAUGGAAAGAAAAGGAUAUGCUUAACGGCUCUGUCUGCAAAGACUCCACCUUUUAAAACACUGUCACCCCACCACUGGCUUUGUUUAUGCUUUUAUUGCAUUGAGAACUUCUUUUUUUUUCUUGUCAUUCUCAGACUCAUUGCUCUUGACUCAAAGACUGAAUUUAUUUGACAGCUACAUGUACUUUAGGCUUUAAAAAGGUUUGCUUUUUUCUGGUAAUUGUAGGCACUGAAGAGAAGUAUACUUUUAUUUUUUUUGAGUUCUGAUGAAAAAGUUGCUAAAAGAUUAUUUUCUAUGUCAAACCCUCCAAGAAUCUAUGUAAAUAAUUAAGUUUAUAUGGCCAAAUAAAUUCUGGAUGGAGACUCUUAAGGGCCUCCACAUUCUUCUGCCCUCUAAAGCCUGCCGAUGAUCUGAUAAAUAUACAACUUUUAUAAGAAAAGGAGGCAACACUAAAAGAUAAUGAGGGGAAAUGGCAGCCAUAUUUACGCGCUGCAGGAAGGAGUCUGCCAGGGAAACUAUUACAUGCUACUGGCUUUGUCGAUGCAACGCUACACAACAAUGUGGCACUGUGUGUAGUAAUGGAAGUUAGCUUUUAACGUCUUGCAUUUUGUACCCAGCCAAACCUUUCUGCUCAUUUCAGCGUAGGAGUCUGAAUGAAAGCCAUUCGUCCAGGAGGACCUAAAGGCAGGGAAUACAUUUUCACAAAGUUUGUA